AUGUCGGUUCUCGUUAAUGGUAGUCCUACCAAAGAGUUUGUGGUUGAGAGGGGGCUUAGUCAAGGUGAUCCUUUAUCUCCCUUUCUUUUUGUUAUUAUAGCGAAAGGGCUUAAAGUUAUGGUUAAUAAAGCGGUGGAAAAUGGGGACUUUAUUGGUUGUAAUGUUAAAGGUAAAUGUUUCGUUGAUGUGCUUCAAUUUGCAGACGACACUAUUUUGGUAGGAGAUGGUAGUUGGAAGCACUUAUGGGCUAUUAAAGCGGUGUUGAGGGGCUUUGAGAUGGUAUCGGGUCUUGGCAUUAAUUUUAAUAAGAGCAAGCUUAUUGGUAUUAAUAUUAAUCCUUUUUUCUUGAAUGUAGCUACCACUUUCCUUUCUUGUAAAAGGGAGGAAAAAGAUUUCUCUUUUCUUGGUAUUCGUGUUGGCUCUAAUCCUAGAAGGGUGAAGUUUUGGAGUCCUUUGGUGGAUAAAUUAAGGAGGCGUUUGAGUACUUGGAAAGGAAGGUGGCUUAGUUUUGGAGGGAGAAUAAUUCUUUUGAAGUCGGUUUUAGGUAGUUUACCUAUUUUCACUUUUUCUUUUUAUUUGGCUCCUAAAAAAGUGAUUCAGGAGAUUAAUAAAAUUCAAAGUAAUUUUCUUUUUGGGGGGGGGGGGGGGGCGGCAGAGAAGAAAAGUGUUCAUUGGGUGGGGUGGGAUGUUGUUUGUGAUUCGAUGGACGAUGGUAGCCUUGGAAUUAAGAGACUGGAAGAAUUUAAUUUGUCUCUUCUUACGAAGUGGAAGUGGAGAAUUUUAGAGGAUUCUAACUCUAUUUGGUAUAGAAUGCUCAAAGCGAGGUAUGGGGAUAUUAAACUAAGGAUGGUCAUUGAAGGAGGUAAGAACGAUGAUUAUAGUUCAAAGUCGGUGUGGUGGUCGGAUAUUUUGUCUUUGGAUAAAAGAACGGUGGAGGAUGUUUCCAUUGCUUGCAUGGGAGCUUGGAUCGGCGAAGAGUGGGUGUGGCAUGAUUUGGGGAUCCUUUUGGUUCCGGAGGAAUUGGAGGGGGAAAUGUUGGUGUUGAGAGAUUUGUUGUAG